AUGCAGAAGAUCCUCCGCCGAGUGGCUACCGCCGAGCGGGUGGUCGCCAAGCGGACCAAGACCAAAGACCUGAAGUGGUUCAAGAAGCAGAAGAAGGAGACGUUUCGGGAUCAGCAGCAACAGCUAGGGAUGGUCCGAGAAAAUCUCAAUGACGCGAAGCAAGCCAUAAAGGACGACUGGGAGUUAGGCCCCCUUGCCCCAAGACGAGACGUUGGCGAGUGGGCUGGUGCGAAGGGCGCCAUUCACGAAUCUCGCUACGCUGCAUAUGGCAAAGUUACUCUCGCCAUGCGAAAUCGUCGGUGUCAAUGGGCUGGCGGCGCUUACCACCUUAACAUCACCGUGGGGGAUAGAAUCGUACUAAUCGACGGCCCGGAUAAGGGGCGCAUCGGCAAGAUAAAGUCUAUAGACUACGACAAGGCCGAGGUUGUCAUCGACGAGUUAAACAAGUCCAAUAUCCGAGUACAAGCAGAAAUCCGAGACGACAACGAAUCCCCCGUUGUCAACAUGGAACUCCCCAUACCCAUCUCGGGCAUCCGACUCGUCCAUCCCAUCAAAGACCCCGCGACAGGCGUCACCCGCGACGUCAUCAUCAACCAGUUAGUACACGGGGGCUUCCUACACGACCGCGUAUCCGGCAAGCGGCGGUGGUCCCGCAUCGUUCCGGGGCUGAACAUCUCGAUUCCGUGGCCCAAGAAAGAGGAGAAGGAAAUCAAAGACUACAGCUGCGACACGCUGCGCAUCGACGUCGAGGACAAGACCUUCGUACCCACGCUCCUGCGCCCGCCCAUGCCCGAGGCCGUCCUCGACGAGCUGCGCAACAAGUACAGUCGCUUCCGCACGCGCCACGACCCCGAGUACAUCGCGCGCCUGGAAGCCGAGGCCCAGGCCGUCGCCGACCGCAGCAAGCUCAUGGACUCGAUGCGCACUCCGCUACAGGAGUUCCACCGCGCCCAGCGCGAGGGCAAGAAGAAGAAGGGCAAGCCCCGUCUCACUCAGGAGAUGCUCGAGAAGAUCGGCGAGGUCAUGGCCAAGAACUUAGAGAGGACGCGGAAUGGUCAGGCUCUGCUAGAAGCUGCCAGUAAUAGCGGUGCGGCGUCGGCUGAGACGGCCGUAUCACCGCAUCCUACAGAAACGACGACGGCGGCGGAAGAGACACAACCUCCGCCGUCCUCAACGUAA